AUGGUCUCCAAAACUUUUUAUCGCCGUCUUGGAUUCCCGGUUCAAAAGUCACCAAGGUUUCGAAUCCAAAUCAAAGUACACUGGUUUAAAAUCAUAGGAUUAUUCUUCCUUUGGCCUUUCACCCAAUCCAAACUCAUUUCUACCUAUAUGGAAAAUCGGAAACACAAAUCAGAAGAUCUGAAAGAAGCUACUGUUCGAGGCAGAUGGCAUGUUGCUCGCUCUUGUGCUUUUCACCUUUUACCAAUCACCGUCACCAUCAUCUUGUUGCUUUUGAAUAGUCUCGAAGUCUACUCUGAUUCUAUCGGUUCUGAUGUCGACAAUCUCAACGCUCGGUUGAAUGCACUUCAAUUUGCGGCCAAAAUGCACGAAAUAUUAAUUGGUGCUUCACUCUCAACCAUGGGGCUCAAUCUACUUCAGUACGAAGUCCUAAAUGGAGGAAUCCCUUUUGGUGGUCUCCUUGCCGGGUUUAGAAUCAAUGACCUUGGUUCACUUUUGUCCCCUGAUUUGUGGGCCAUUGGUACCCGUGGGACGAAGAAGUUCCUUUUGAUCGCACUCACGUUGUCACUAUUGACAAUUCUAGCCGCAAUCUGUGGUCCGGCUUCGGCAAUUCUAAUGUUACCAUCAUUGGGCUGGUGGGAAGUUUCUGUGAGGCAAAAUUUGGAAUACUUAGUCGGCUCCGCUACCACGUCGAAGCCCUUGUUUUUUGUUGGUGCGAAUGAAUCCUCACUUUGGCCGAUGAAGAUAAGCGAUGCAAAUUACUCGCCAUAUGUUUGUGAUGCUUCCAAUACUACCAACAAUCUGUCAAUCCCAGUUGGUUGCCCUGGUGGUGGUGCCUCAGUCAUCUUUGAUUGGGCUCGUGCGACAUAUUCGUUGGGAUCUAAUACUCCAUUGAGGUGGAAUAUAACCAUGCCUAUCUUUCGAAACACUUCGAGUUCUUUCCCAGGUCCAAAUUUUAAUCGUUUUGUUGAGGGGGUGGGUUACUUGGACUGGAGAUUCACGAAUACAAUUUCCUGGUUAUUAAGCCAGACUAUUUCCACACCGGCUGCGGAGACUCUUGUUUCAGUAGCUCUAGCUUUGGGUUCUGCCAAUACAACUACUCGUUGGAAGCUCACGUUAUCAGAUGGAAGUGAUCCGCCGGCGGCUCAGGCAUUCGCAACCUGUAGUAGCAAUACUCACUGGAUCUAUCAAAAGGCUACUGGCUUGAUCUGGCACUCAGCCGAUUUUUGGAUCUUGGGAAGCCUUGAAAACGGAUCAAUCGGAUUUAUAGAUCCAGACAGAGAAGAACAUCCUGUGAGUCCACCAUAUCCUAGUGUGGAUAUGAAGUUUACAUUUCCACUGGAAGAACCUGCCCGUGGUUCUUGGUACUCUAACGCUAGCACUACGCUAGAUCUCUGGAAUGCCUCCCGGCAAAGUGUAUCAACCUGGGCAAGCUCUGAGGGACAAAGAGCAUCAAUUGGAGCUGCUAUGAUAACAUGUGCUGAGGAAUUCGGAGAUGGUAUGUGUGGAACACACCAGUCCUGGGUCCCUCUUGAAUUCACGACCUGCUCUGUGUUUGCCCAAUGGCAACCGAUGGAAAUCUUUAUCAUUCCUAGUAUGGAUAGAUUUGUUCACCUAUCAGGAUUCGAUAGCCCCGAUAGGAGCUUAGAUAAGUGGCUACGAAACAAUUUAUCCGAUUUUGACCAGCAAAAGGUCCAGUUCGAUGCUGGCUGGGCGAAUUCUGCGUUGUCGCCUAAUCAGACUCUCAUACCAAUUGUGACAGCACUUUCGCAGCCGGGAACUUACAAUGACAGAGAAACUGCCUUUGGUGUUGCAGCCACCACUCUGAUUGCAGAUGCAAUGGCUAGAAAUGGCAUGAGUAAUAAUGCUAUUCUCAAAGGGAAUUUUGAAUUCCCACCGUUGUUAUGGCCAUCGGGUUAUCCAAAAUGGAAUACUUUUUUCCCUGAUAUCCUCUCGUCUGAAGGUUUGGAAACAAACCUCGAAAACUUUACCCCUAUCGACAUACGACAAUGGCGCAAUGGCUACAGCUACUCUAUAAACGGCAUUACCAGACGUCUCGCUUUCGGUAUCCUUCUUGUACACAUUCUAUUUGCGCUGAUCCACACAACACUUCUCAUAUGGAUUGGAUGGAGUUGCAAUAUCUUCAAAUCUCUUUGCGAAAUUGUGGCCCUCGCUAUUAAUUCAUCUCCGACUCCAAAAUUGGAAAACACUUGUGUGGGAAUCGCAAGGUUGGAUACAUAUAAAUGUAUCGUGAAAGUGAGAGAAGUUUCGGAACAGCAUCUGGGUUUAGUCUUAGCGGGCGAAGAGGGAAGCUCCAAGGGUGUGGUUGUGGGAAAGAUGUAUGGAAAUAUGGGAGUUAAAGAAGGUCAUCUAAAAGUUGAGUAG